GCGGCGGCCGCGGACAUGGCGCUGGCUCCGCUCCUGCGCUGCGGCGGCCGGCGGGCGCGGCUGCCGGGGUGGGACACACUGUGUUCAAGAUGGUGCCUUAUAACUUCACAUAAGCUCUAUUCAUCUGUGUAUGAUCCAAAUGAAAAGACUUUUGAAAAACUGCUAAUUGCCAACAGAGGAGAGAUUGCAUGCCGAGUCAUCAAAACGUGUAAGAAGAUGGGGAUCAAAACGGUUGCCAUACACAGUGAUGUCGAUGCCAAUGCUGUUCAUGUGAAAAUGGCGGACGAAGCUGUCUGUGUUGGCCCAGCUCCCACCAGCAAAAGCUACCUCAACAUGGAUGCCAUCAUGGAAGUCAUUAGGAAAACCAGGGCCCAAGCUGUACACCCAGGAUAUGGAUUUCUUUCAGAAAAUAAAGAAUUUGCUAGACGUUUGGCAUCAGAAGGUGUCACCUUCAUUGGACCUGACACACAUGCUAUUCAAGCUAUGGGAGACAAGAUUGAAAGCAAAUUGUUAGCCAAGAAUGCAAAGGUCAACACAAUCCCUGGCUUUGAUGGAGUAGUCAAGGAUGCAGAUGAAGCUGUCAGAAUUGCAAGGGAAAUUGGCUACCCUGUCAUGAUCAAGGCCUCAGCAGGUGGUGGUGGGAAAGGCAUGAGAAUCGCUUGGGAUGAUGAAGAGACCAGGGAAGGUUUUAGGUUUUCGUCUCAAGAAGCUGCUUCAAGUUUUGGUGAUGAUCGCUUACUGAUAGAAAAGUUCAUUGAUAACCCUCGUCACAUAGAAAUCCAGGUUUUGGCAGAUAAACAUGGCAAUGCCUUGUGGUUGAAUGAAAGAGAAUGCUCCAUUCAAAGGAGAAACCAGAAGGUUGUGGAGGAGGCACCAAGCACUUUUCUAGACCCUGAAACUCGAAAAGCAAUGGGAGAACAAGCAGUAGCUCUUGCCAAAGCAGUAAAGUAUUCCUCUGCUGGAACAGUAGAAUUCCUUGUAGACUCCAGUAAGAAUUUCUACUUCUUGGAAAUGAAUACUAGACUUCAGGUUGAACAUCCCGUCACAGAAUGCAUUACCGGCCUGGACUUAGUCCAAGAAAUGAUCCGUGUUGCCAAGGGUUACCCUCUCAGGCACAAACAGGCUGAUAUUCCCAUCAACGGCUGGGCGGUUGAAUGUCGAGUUUAUGCUGAGGACCCCUACAAAUCUUUUGGCCUACCAUCCAUCGGUAAACUGUCUCAGUAUCAGGAGCCAUUGCAUGUGCCAAAUGUACGUGUUGACAGUGGUAUACAACAAGGAAGUGACAUUAGCAUUUAUUAUGAUCCCAUGAUCUCAAAACUGAUUACCUAUGGCUCUAAUAGAGCUGAAGCACUGAAAAGAAUGGAAGAGGCUUUGGACAACUACGUAAUUCGAGGUGUAGCUCACAAUAUUUCUUUACUGCGAGAAGUCAUCGUCCAUCCACGCUUUGUUCAAGGAGACAUCAGCACUAAAUUCCUUCCUGAAGUCUAUCCUGAUGGUUUUAAAGGACACAAGUUGACAGAUCUUGAAAGAAGACAACUACUGGCAACAGCAGCAUCUUUAUAUGUGGCUGAACAACUGAGAUCACAGCGAUUUUUAGGGACUCCAAGAAUUCCUAUUGCUAAAUCAAAGAGAAGUAGCUGGGAGCUCUCUGUGCAUCUAGGAGAUGGAAUUUACCCAGUUGCAGUUUCAAAGCAUGGCUCAUCAUUUUCUGUGGAAGUUGAUGGGAUGAAACUAAAUGUGACCAGCGAGUGGAACCUGGCUUCACCCUUGUUGUCUGUCACCAUUGAUGGCACUCAGAGGACCAUACAGCGGAUUUCUCGGAAUGCCUCUGGCGAGACCAGCAUUCAGUUUCUAGGCACAGUGUACAAAUUGCAAAUCCUGACGAAGGUUGCUGCGGAGCUGAGCAAGUACAUGCCAGAGAAAGCAGCAGAGGACACCUCCAGCAUUUUGAGAUCUCCCAUGCCUGGAACAGUGGUGGCAGUUUCUGUCAAGCCUGGAGACAUGGUUUCGGAAGGUCAAGAGAUUUGUGUAAUUGAAGCAAUGAAAAUGCAGAACAGUAUGAUUGCUGCUAAAACAGGCAAGGUAAAAGCUGUGCACUGCAAAGCUGGGGACACCGUUGGAGAAGAAGAUCUGCUGGUGGAACUGGAAUGAAAGGUUGCCUCCACACUAUUGAAUUAACUCAGCCUUUAUUAUUUUUAUCUGUAAAGUAACAUUAAGACAAUUCAACACAGAAAACAGACAGUACUAUGCACAAGAUUUUAUACAGGCAUAUUUACUGUAUCAGUGGUUAAGACAGCAAACACAGAUGUUAAAUCUUGGCAACAGAUCCCAGAUUUUUACUUCCAGAAAUACUUGUACAUAACCUUUGUAAUGCUUUGAUUUUUCAGGAUCAAAUAAAAUCAAUAAAAUACCAUUUCUGCUUUGAAACAGGAAAAGCCUCUUUUUAAAAAAAAAAAAGAAAACACAACAAA